GUCAUUUACUUCCUGGUAGUACCCCAAAACGUGUUGCGAUUCUUAUGUGAUGACAUACCUUUGAUGGAUACUUGUUGUAAACAAUCUGGUUGGAAGUGAUCUAAUAGCAUCUGUCUGUAACAGAUAUGUCAUAAUAAUAUCUGCUAGAUCUAUAAUAAAGCUACAAGAUGACACUUCGCGUCCCGGCUAACGACAAUAUCGGCAGCCUCAAUGGGAAGGUGAUGCUGCAACUUCGUGAUGACCUUGACACCGCCCCUGAAUCACAGAACUGGAGGGCCUUAGCGGCAAUACUCAGGAAGCCCUAUGUUUUCAAUCAGUCAGAGAUUGAGAGGUUUGCCAUGCAGAUCUACAGCAAUGGAAGCCCAUCCACCCAGUUGUUGUUAUCCCUUGGAGCACGCGGAAUGAAAGUCACGGAGCUUGUGCACUAUCUGGAUCAGCUCAAACUUGAGAAGAUUCUCAGGGAGUUCAAAAACUAUGAACCCAUAGAGAUCCAGGAUCAGCCAGAGAGCCAGCUGAAGCUGUAUGGUGGUGAGAAGCUGGUUCUGCGGGUCAGAGCUACCGGCUUUCCUUACCCCCGGUACCAGUGGUUUAAUGGAGACUCCAUCAUCAACGGAGCCACAGAGAGCACGUUCACAAUCAACAAUGUCCAAGAGCAGGACAGUGGGGAGUAUAUUUGCCGCCUUCACAACAGUGCAGACAAGAGUCAAGUCAAAUUUUCGGAUUAUGCCAGUAUCGAAGUUUAUACAAAAAGUCCAGUGCUGGAACAAACAGACAUUCCCAUGGGCAAAGGCCAUCACCAUCAGCCAGCAGUCCACGCAGCAGAAGAGCAGUGUCUUCUUCCAGUGAUAACCGGUCACCCAAGGGACAGCUAUAUCUUCAACGGCCAUUCCUUCUUUCUGCUGUGUGAAGCCAAGGGGAGACAACCAAUGCGCUACAGAUGGUUUAAAGAAGACCUGUUCUACAAAGAAUCUCUAUGCCCCUAUUUCCAGGUUGAAAGUGCUACUCCUCGUGACAGUGGGAGGUACAAGUGCCAAGUGAUUAACGACUUCGGUGAAGCAAUCAGCAUUCCUGCUGUCAUAACGGUGGCAAAUGAACCCCAGCCCCAUGCGGGAUCCCUUCCCCAGAUCAUCCAGCAGCCGGUCAGCUGUCAGGCCGUCUGUGGCGGUGUUGCCAUGUUUGUCUGCGAGGGCUGUGGACAACGACCUUUACAGUAUCAGUGGUUUCAGGAUGGCCUCCCCAUCCCAGGGGCAACAGCACCACAGCUGGCUCUCCCCCACGUGCAGCAGGAAGCGGUGCUGCACUGCCAGGUGUCCAACAGAUGGGGGCUGACCUGCUCCAACACAGUCUUCCUCAGAAUCACGUCCCCGUUGCCACACACGGUCGGGGGAUACACCGCCACAGACAAAGUAGCUCUUCUCAUAGGGAACUACAACUACCGGUGUGAAAUUAGUCUCAAAGCUCCAAAAACAGACAUUCAGAUCUUGACCGAUAUCUUCCGGAGACUUGAUUUCAAGGUCGUAUCCUUGUUGAACUUGACCUUGACUGAGAUGAAGGCAGCUGUUGAUGCAUUCUGUGAACUUCUGGGCGAUGGGGUGUACAGUGUGUUUUAUUUCUGUGGCCAUGGGUUUGAGGAGAAGGGUCACUGCUACUUCGUGCCAGAGGAUGCUCAGACUGAUUUCAAGGAAACCGAUUGUCUCAGUGCCGACUCUGUGUUGGACUCCAUGCAGCGGAAGAAGCCUCGGAUCUGCACCAUGAUCCUGGACAUCUGCAGGAAGAGAAACAAGAAUGGGCCACCAGUGGAGGAAAACGUUCGUGUAGCCCCAAGGGCCAACUCCGAAGGAAAUUCCUGCAUUUGUUAUGCAACGUGUGCUGGCUUGGCAGCCUACGAGAUCGGGGAAUCUGGCAUCCUGGUGAAACACCUGCAGAAGUACCUCAGUCUGCCCAUGAAGAUAGAGGACGUCUUCUCCUGCAUGAGACAUGACAUAGGGGAGGAACAGCUGGUUAUUGGAAAACAGAUUCCUGAAGUUAUCACGAACAUCCUCCAGCCAGGACGCUCCUUCACUGACCGAAUUCAGUAUCGCAAUGGCUGGACUGAGGCCUUCAACAGGCGCCAAGUGGCCUGGGAACAGGCCCACAAGGAGCCGACUUCUCAGACCAUCGUGGCCAGCAAGGAGCUGGGGAUCGUCCUAGAGCUGGAGUUUCAGUCUAUCUUCUCUAAUGUCCUCCAUGUGUUCGUCACCGUCAAGGACAAGGGCCAGACUGAUGAGUGCACCGCCUGGAUUUCUCGGAUCCCAACAACUGUCUCAAUUGCUGAACAGCCUACAAUUGUGACUGAGGGGAAGACACGCAACUCGAUACAGGACAUACAGAAACUGAAGAAUGACCUUGACAUCACACUAUCCGUCAAGUACCACGUAAGGUCUGAGGCACCCCAGAUCCUGUACCCCGACAAGGUGAACUUGGGCAUGCCACUGGUGGCUCAGCUCAAACUAUGGGAGCCCAGAAGUGCCAAGUCGUCUCUCAGAGAGCCAACAGAACAGACUGAGGAGGUGGAUGCAACCAGUGGAACUCACUCAAUGUAACUGCAUGAUGGUACAUACAUGUUGCUGUAGUCAUGGACAUUGACAAGUGGCCGUCUUCACACAAGUAGCAAUGGACAUGUAUUGACGAUACUAUUUGUGUCUACUUCAGACAAGGGGUGACGGAACUGGAUGGUUCUAUCUUGGCAAAUGUUGGUUCAGCCAUAUGGUUCAUCUUCUUUCUGUGUUUGGGCGUUUGAAAUUAGAAGAUUUCUGGGUGUUUUUCUACCAUCUGACAGUCCUAUUACGUAUAUUCCAGAUGACACUUGAUGUUUUUUAGUGAAAUGUCUGUGGGCAAUAUCCUAUAGCAUACAGGUCUGGUUUUGAUAAGUAACAAAACUGGUCAUUAUUAAAUAUGACAUGCCUUUAUGAAUAAAUUGGCCUAGGACUUGUUUCAAAACAAUAACUUGUACAAAUACUAACAGAAUUAGACACUAUUAAUUUGGUAAUAUGUCAAUAUCAAUACAGAUUAGUGUAUUUCCUAGCAAAUCAUGGACUAUUAAGAUGAGUGAGUGAGAGUAUGGUUUUAUGCCGCUUUUAGCAAUAUUCCAGCAAUAUCAUGGCGGGGAAAACCAGAGACUAUUAAAACGAUAAUACAUGACAAUUACAGCAAACAUGUAAAGAUAAAACAAGUUGUCAUUGUCAAUAGUAUUCACUUUUGACACUAUCCCAAACAGGAAAGAAAUGAGGUUUUCCUGCCUUGUGCAUGAGGUACGGGUAGCAAGACACUAUUACUUGCACAGCUAAUUUUUGAAAGUUGACAGUCAAGUGUACUUCACAUGAAAAUCUUGAGAUUCUUUUUAAGUGUGAUGACAGCCAAAAAUACCUGAUUUAUGGCAACGAUGAAAUAGAGGUAGGGUAUUCACAAGAAUUAUAUGUGUAGUACCUAAACUGGUCACAAGGGAAAAUGUUAUGUAACUGACAUGGAUUCAUUGUUCCCAUAUUCGUUUCCAUCAGCAUUGGUCAAAGAUCAUAUGACAAGAACGAGAAAGGGCCUGAGACUUUCUUUUGAUGAUAGUCUAAACAACCAACUGCUUCUUUAAAUAGAAACAAAAUUUUGUGAUGAACAAAACAUGUGAGUAUAAAAGUAGGUGAGUUGCAUCAGAACAUCAGACCGGUCACAUAUCAAUACAGGGGCCAUCACAUGAUGGUGUCGUCGUUCACACAAUCAAGCCAGUUGAGCACAGAUCCAAAAGGAUUCCCGAGUCAUUAUGAUUUUCUUCUCAACUUCCAGCUAAUAAAUUUAAAACCUUAA